GCUGCAGCCACCACUCAGGCCCGUGCAGCGGGAAACGUGCAAGAGCACAAAGACUCAAGUUUGAUGGAAAUGUCUCCCUCAACACAUUCUGUGCUGUGAGUGGUGCAGUGGAAAUUCUUUGCUCUGAAAGCUCCAGAAAGCUGCAGUGAACAAAACCAGUGGCUCCUGAGUCCGUGUACCAAGGCAGGGUAAGCCUUUGGCUUAGUGGUGUGUCAGAGUAGUUUUAAAACACAUUUGACUCCAGCUCUGGUUUUCCUGAGAAUUUGUGUGGAUGAUGAAAAUGCAGCACUGGGCCUGGAGAAGGGAGAUUGUGAGUCUGGGGUAUGCUGAUGUAGGAGAGUAAGAUAUGGAAGAAGUGAAAACUUGGAGAAAAAAAAGCCUGUACAAAUAAUUUGUAGUGCACUGUGAGGGUGCAUUACCUUUGCACAUGGGAUGUCUGGUGUCUGACUCUUGUGUGCCUCUCUUUCCCCACUAAAGGAGGCACAAUGCCCCUCUUUUUAUAAUGCCCUGUACUGCCUCUAGAUGCUACCUGACCACAAAUUACUAUACUUCUACAGGAAAAACACAGAUAAAAAUGCACUUUUGGGGAAGAUUGAAUGCUGGUCACUUCUUCUCCCUUGUGGGCUGCUCUGGCCUCCAUAGUGAGUGAGGUAAUCCCCCUACUCCUCCUCCCUGAAAAAAAUGUGCACAUUUUGUUGUAUGGACUCAGGGUAUUGUAAUACAGAAAGGGUAGCAGGCAAAUGUGUCCUGGAUCUCUGAGUCACCAGGAAAAAGCAGCCAGCUUUGUUUUGUUUUUAUUUUGGUUUCAGUAAAAACACACUUCCCACUCUAACUUUUCAAACUUCCACGUGGCACACAGGGGGAUCAGUUCCAGUUGAUAUAAGCCUGGAUGAAGAGAGGGAGGAAGUAACUUAAUUGCUUUAGACUUUAGUUCAGCUGGAGUGGAGAGGAAAGAAUCAGUGUUCCUUCUUUGGAAUUCAGCAAGAAGGUCGUGUUUCUGGUGAGGACAGAUCUUCUGCAGGUUUUGUGGAGUCUUUAUAUUCAGGCCAUAGCUGCUUCCUCUUUCCUACGCACAUUUUCCUAUAUGGUGACUUUGGAAAAUUCCUCUCCGAUUUCGCUGGGAAGUGCAGGAAGCUCUCACUGGUAGAGGGUUGCCUGUUACUCUCUCCAGUUCUGCUGCUCACAUCUGGAAAGGAUCUGGCUUGGAAAGGGGAGACUCACUCUGAGCUCAGUGCAUGUUACUGACAUGGCAUGAGCUGAGAGAGCCUGUGGGGGCAAGAGAAAUGUUCUUCUCCAUUCAUCUCAUUUCUGACAGCAAAGGGGCGAUGCCCGCCGGCGGCCGGGCGCUGCUGGCGCUGCUGGGGCUCCCGGCGCUGCUGGCCCUGGGCUGCGCCGCCGACAGCGACUUGGCCGAGGGCGGCGCGGAGCGGCGGCGGCCCGGGCCCGGCCCCGGCUGCCCCCGCGACUGCGGCUGCACCCAGGAGGGCGUCGUGGACUGCGGCGGCAUCGACCUCAAGGAGUUCCCGCUGCUGCUGCCCGAGCUGACCAACCACCUCUCCCUGCAGAAUAACCAAAUAGAAGAAAUCUUUCCAGAAGAGCUUGCUCGUCUUUAUAGACUGGAAACUCUCAAUUUGCAAAACAACAGGCUGACUUCAAAAGGGUUGCCAGAGGAAGCGUUUGAGCAUCUGGAGAACCUGAAUUACCUGUACCUGGCAAACAAUAAGCUAACAGUGGCUCCAAAAUUCCUACCAAAUACCUUGAUCAGUGCAGAUUUUGCAGCCAAUUAUCUCACUAAGAUAUAUGGGCUCACAUUUGGACAGAAACCAAACUUGAGAUCUGUGUAUCUUCAUAACAACAAACUGUCAGAUGCUGGGUUACCUGAUAAUAUGUUCAAUGGCUCAAAUAAUGUGGAGAUACUCAUCAUGUCCAGCAAUUUCUUGAAGUAUGUUCCAAAGAAUCUCCCUCCAGCACUAUAUAAAUUGCACUUACAGAGCAACAAGCUGGAGAAGAUUCCCAAAGGAGCCUUCAGCGAGCUCGCCGGUCUGCGGGAGCUGUAUUUGCAGAAUAACUACUUGUCUAAUGAGGGAAUGGACAACGAAACUUUCUGGAAAUUGUCUAGUCUUGAAUAUCUGGAUUUGUCCAGCAAUAACCUCUCACAAAUACCAAGUGGUUUACCUCGAAACAUCGUCCUCCUCCACCUGGAGAAGAAUGCAAUUAAGGUGAUUGACAGAGAUGUCUUAACCCAAAUUAAGAACCUGGAGUACCUUCUGCUCCACAAUAACAAAUUAAAAGCCAGAGGUAUUCACCCCUUAGCCUUCCAUGGCUUAAAGAAGCUGCACACUGUGCACCUGUACAACAACAUGCUGGAAAGGAUCCCCAGCGGGCUGCCCCGGCGAGUGAAGACACUGAUGAUCCUUCAUAACCAGAUCUCAGAGAUUAACAGGAAUGACUUUGCUACCACUUACUUCCUUGAAGAGCUGAACCUGAGCUACAACAAGCUCACAAGCCCCCAGAUCCAUCGGGAGGCCUUCCGUAAACUGCGGCAACUGAAGUCCCUGGAUCUUUCUGGAAACAACCUCCACACGGUGCCUUAUGGCUUUCCAAAGAACUUGCAGGUUCUGAAGCUGAAGGAGAAUGAGAUAAGCAUCAUCCCAAAAGGGACUUUGUCUGGGAUGACAAAACUGAGGGAACUGUAUUUGAGCAACAAUAAACUGAAAGUAAAUUCAAUUUAUUCAAGAGCAUGGAGAGAACUCAGCAGUCUUCAGUCACUAGACAUGGCUGGCAACCAACUGACAUCUAUUCCAUUAGGCCUGCCAGAAUCUCUGGAAUAUCUGUAUCUCCAGAACAACAAGAUCACAACGGUUUCAGAGAAUGCUUUUGAAUCCACACCCAAAAUAAAGGGGAUUUACCUCAGGUUUAAUAAGAUUGCAGUUGGAGCACUGAAAGAAAGUACCUUCCAAAACCUGAAGCACUUACAGGUACUGGAUAUUGAAGGGAACCUUGAAUUCAGCAACAGUUCAAAGAAUAAGGAUGGCUCAGAAGAGGAAAUGGAAGAUGAGGAAGAGGAAGAAGAAGAAGAAGAAGAACUGAGAUAAAAUGUGAACUCACACAAUCCCAUCACGUGGGAGGAAAACAUAUGGAAAAAUACAUAUAUGUCUAUGUGUAUACAUCUAUACAGAUAUACAGAGAACACUUAGCAAAACGUGCAAUGAAUUAUGCAGAAACUGUCGUGGCACUGGGCCAGGCUCAUGGAAGACAGUGUGUUUCAGUGCCUUAUUCAGGGAGAGACCCUGAAUGCCUUUCCAAAGCUUCCAAAUCAUCUUAUACAAGACCCAGGAUCAUAAGGGAUUGCUCUGGAACUCACAAAAGCUGGCUUUUGUUUCUUCUGUUUCUCUUCCCUCACUGUUUCCAUCUGUAAUAACAAUAUGGGACUGUUUUGAACACAGGCCUUCAAAUGCCAUUUUUGUCACUGCAUUUUAAGUGAACCAUGUUUAUGCCUCUUUUCUUUUCCUCCACCCAAAAGAAGCUGUUCUUGGCCAGAUGAAUAUCUGCAGUAGUUUCAUGUGCAGAGCAGUGUAUGAGGCAUUUUGGUCAUCAAGCAGCAGUAAUAAUUCUGGAUGCAAUUAUUUCUCUGUUAUAACAAUGUGUAUAUUUGGAUGAGAAAAACAAAAUAAGGCUGGAUCCCGUAAUAUUUUAUCUCUACUGCCAAAACCUGCAGUAUAUUCUGUUUUAGAAAGGUUUUAAGAUAAAACAAUUGCUCUUGUGAAUAUAUAUAUAUAAAUACAUAUAUAAAAUCUGUA